AUGCGGGUGAAAGUGUUAUCACGGAAUCCAGCUGAUUAUCAGCGAGAGACGAGAAAUGAUAUUUAUAAAGCUCCACGGAAUUUCAGUUUGCCGGAAGAUCCGUUCCAGGUUCAAGUGGAGUAUACACGUGCGGUGAAUGCUGCUAAACUAAACAGGGUUUUUGCAAAGCCAUUCAUUUCAAGUUUAGACGGUCAUAAUGACGGCGUUUCAGUGCUUUACGGUCAAGUACGGAUAUGGAAUUUGCCGUUGCGUAAAUGUUUGGCAACAAUACAAGCGCAUAGUGGGCCUGUUAAUGGUAAUACUGUUUGGUAUUUUCAAAGGAUUUCGUGUGAUAAUCUUUCGGGUGAAACCUUUGUGACGGUUGGACACGAUUCACAGUUGAAACACUGGCGAUGUUCGGAUCCAGUUGAAGGCGAUCUCUCAGAACCUGUACAUUCGAUACCUCUUAAUGGUGUUGCUCAUGCUGUGUCACAUAUUGUGAAUAGUACUGACUAUGUUACGUGUGGUGAAAGUAUCCAUGUGUGGAAUAAUUUAAGGGACUCUCCGGUCCGAAUAUAUAACUUGGGGGUGGAUUCAAUUUACACAGUCAAGUGUAAUCCUGUCGAAACAGAGAUUAUAGUUGGCUGUGGUAGUGAUCGAACGAUUAUACUACUGGAUACAAGGCAAAAAUGUCCAUUAAAAAAAGUAACGAUGAAAUUGCGUCCAAAUGCAGUAAGCUGGAAUCCAAUGGAAGCUUUUACAUUCACAGCUGCAAACGAAGACUACAACUUAUAUACGUUUGAUAUUCGGAAGUUGACUGAUCCUCGGCGCGUAUACAAGGGCCAUACAAAUGCAGUGAUGGAUGUUGAUUAUUCACCAACGGGAACUGAAUUUGUUUCUGGAAGCUAUGAUCGUUCGUUAAGGAUAUUUCCCGUUGAGUCAUUUAGUAGCAGGGAAAUAUACCAUACCAAACGAAUGCAGCAAGUACUUUCUGUGUUGUGGUCGCUGGAUAAUAAGUUCGUGUUAUCUGGUUCCGAUGAAAUGAACAUUCGCUUAUGGAAAGCAAAUUCAAGUGAAAAAUUAGGCCCGUUAUACCGACGUGAACGUGCAGCAUUUAAUUACAAUGCACGGUUGUUGGAAGUUUAUGGUGAACAUCCUGAAGUUAAACGAAUUGCGAAACGUCGGUUCCUUCCUAGAUCAAUUUAUACAGCCACAAAGGAGCACAAAGCUAUAAGUUUGUCGCAACGGCGCAAAGAAGAAAACAGGAGAAAGCAUUCGAAACCUGGUGCUGUUCCAUAUGUUCCGGAACACUUGAAACAUAUGGCAAAGGAAUCUACUACAUAG